UAAAAAGUCUACUGUACAAAACCUGGGUGAGAUCCUAACACGCCGCCAUGUCAUUCGUGAAGAGAAAUACCGUUCUCUCGGCAAGGCCAGGACGGCCUCCUGCUCAAGCGACACGGUCCCCAGAAAAGCAGCAGCUUGCACCAGGAAUACGGCCGUCGCCGCUGGAUGGCAGGCCCACCACAUCGACAGGGACGUCAUCUCUCGACCAGCUGCUUGCAGGGCACGGAGGACUGCCGCUGGGCACAUGUCUGCUGAUUGAAGAACAAGGCACUACCGACUUCUCGGGCAUUUUGUUGCGAUACUAUGCCGCCGAGGGGCUCGUUCAGGGUCAUAAUGUCCACCCCGUUGGUUAUCCUCCAGAAUGGAGGCACCAGCUUCCUGCCGUCGCAAUGACAGACACCAAAUCCAAGGCAGCCCAACCACCACCUGCCCCAGAAGAGAAGAUGAAGAUUGCAUGGAGAUACGAGGCGCUAGGUAACGCCGCGCCCGCAGACGCUUCCGCAAGGGCAGAUUCCAAGAAUGGGACAUUCUGCCAUGCCUUCGACCUCACCAAGCGCCUUGCGCCGAGCUCAUGUAAAGGCUCGCUCCACCCGACGCCCAGCACAUGCCCGCCCAUACUCGACCAACCCAACCACCUAUCCACCACCUCGCCCUUCAAGGCGAUCAUCAAACACCUCCAAACCAAACUAUCCACCUCUCCGCUGACCGACAUCCACCGCAUCAUCGUCCCCGGCCUGCUCCUGCCAACCCUCUACUCCCCACACUGCAACCACCCGUCCGAAGUCCUCCAAUUCCUCCACAGCCUCCGCGCCCUCCUCCGCCAACACCCGUCCCAACUCACAGCCAUCAUCACCAUCCAGACCUCGCUAUACCCCCGCACCACGGGGUUGGUCAGGUGGAUCGAGCUCCUCUGCGACGGCGUGCUCGAGCUGAUACCCCUGCCCGCCAACCCCGGCGCCCCGCUCCUGCCGCCGCCUGCUUCGUCGUUUUCUUCGUCUGCGUCGGGAUCUGAAAAGAGCGAGCAGCCUCAGGGCCUGCUCAGGGUGCACACCCUGCCGGUGUAUCAUGAAAAAGGGGGCGGCGGGGCCGGGGCGAGCUCGUUCCGGGAGACGCUGGCGUUUAGUUUGAGUGCGUCGAGGGGGUUGGUGAUCAAGCCAUACAGUCUGCCGCCGUUGGAGAGGGAGGGGGAGGGGCAAGGGAAUGGGGAGAAGAAAGGCGGUGGGGGAACGGACGAGAUUGAGUUUUGAUGUGGGUAGAACCCAUUUGGAUGCGCUGAAGGAGGCACACUAUCGGUUAUUCGAACCCAAGCUAGAGGGAUCGUUGUGUUGACCCUAGGUGACCAGAAAACCUUGGUUAACACAGUAGAGCAUGUUUCACAAGAUAACUGACUUCCAGGUUUGCUGGCGAAAGGAGGCAUGUUCGAGGAUAGCUCCAGGGAUGCAAAAUAAACGCAACACGGACAAUUGGGCCGGUCGUGAUGUCAGCCCAUCAUAGCGCUGAUUGGAAAUACACAUAAAUUUAAAUCAUCGU